UUCAAAAAAAUUAGCGUUAUUUUAGACCCUGCCACGAUUUGAGAUAAAAUUCAGGGGCGGUCGUUUAAGUCGAAGCUUCAGUCAUCUGGAGGCUUUCGGACACGUCUCCACUCCCUCUGCUCUAGAAAACUAUUGGAGAGACCAAACGAUUUGAAUAAAAAAAAAACCUCGAAUUAAAAUGGGUCUUCUCUUCUCCGAUUCCACCGACACCCAUCUCUUCUCCGCGAGGGUCUUCUCUUCUAAAACCCUAAUUGUUGCCCCAUGGCGGAGCUAGAAUCGCCCUGAAGUCAUGGCUCUCGCUCCUCCCAUCGGUUCCUCUCCCCCUUUCUCCUCUUGCUCCUCCCGCCGCCGUCUUCACUUCCCGCGGUUCAAUUCGAGUUCUCUUCUCUUACCUCCUCUUCUUCUCAGGGUUUCUGCAUCAAUAUCCGAUGCCCGAAACCCUAGCUUUCAAGAUUUCGGCGGAAUUGGGAUUGCUCAUUCUCUAGCGAUCAAGCCGCUGCGGUCUGUUCGAUGUGAUCGGAUUAUGACUAGCGAUGAGGAGGAGGAGAUGGGGGAGGGGUUCUUUGAGGCGAUCGAGGAGCUGGAGCGGAUGGUUCGAGACCCCUCCGACGUUCUUGGGGAGAUGGUGGAGCGGCUUUCCGCCCGGGAGCUCCAGCUGGUGCUGGUCUACUUCGCCCAGGAGGGAAGGGACUCGUACUGUGCCCUUGAGGUCUUUGACUGGCUCAGGAAGGAGAACCGGGUGGACGGGGAGACGAUGGAGCUGAUGGUGUCGAUCGCGUGCGGGUGGAUUGAGCGGCUGAUCGGUAGGGAUCAUGCGGUGGAUGAUGUGGUGGCGCUGCUCAACGAGAUGGACUGUGUUGGGCUGGAGCCGGGGUUCAGUAUGGUGGAAAAGGUGGUCUCUUUGUACUGGGAGAGACGAAAGAAGGACCAGGCGGUGAUGUUCGUGAAGGAUGUGAUGAAAAGAGGACAGGUAGGGAGUUAUAGGAUUGGAGAUGGUGAUGAGAACGAAAAAGGAGGCCUUCUAGGGUUUCUUGCUUGGAAGAUGAUGGUAGAUGGAGAUUACAUUAGUGCAGUUAAAUUGGUCAUUGAUUUUAAGGAGAGUGGAUUGAGACCUGAGGUUUACAGUUAUCUUAUUGCAUUGACAGCAUUGGUUAAAGAGCAAAAGGAGUUCUCAAAAGCUUUACGUAAGCUGAAGGGAUCAAUAAAGUCUAGCUUAGUAGCUGAAAUCGAUGAUGAGAAUUUGCACUGUAUCGAAAAAUAUCAGUCAGAUAUUAUAAGGUAUGGAAUCCAUUUGUCAAAUUGGGCAAUGCAAGAGGGAAGUUCUUUGAUUGCAGGGGUAGUUCACGAGAGGCUUCUUGCUAUAUAUGCUUGUGCUGGUUGUGGUCUGGAAGCUGAGCAUGAGCUAUGGCAAAUGAAGCUUUUGGGCAAGGAGCCAGACAGGGAGCUUUAUGAUGUUGUUUUAGCCAUUUGCGCUUCUCAAAAUGAAGUUGGUGCUGUUCGUCGGUUGCUAGCUGGAGUGGAGGCUAUGAGUGCAGGGCGUAGAAAGAAAACACUAUCAUGGUUAUUGCGAGGUUAUGUCAAAGGAGGGUUUUAUUUAGAUGCUUCAGAAACUCUUAUACAAAUGCUUGAUUUGGGGUUAUGGCCUGAAUACAUAGACAGGGCAGCUGUGUUGCAGGGACUUAGGAGGAGCAUACAGGAAUCUGGAAACAUUGAACCUUACAUCAAGCUGUGCAAGCGCCUAUCUGAUAUGGAUCUGACUGGACCCUGCCUUGUAUAUUUGUACGUAAGUAAAUAUAAGCUGUGGAUUAUAAAAAUGCUCUGAAGGCUUUGAUGAGAGCUUCUGCCAACUUGUUUGGUCGAUCAUUCUCUUACCAGCCAAGCUUUUCUUUAUGCAUUUUGCUGCACUUGUAUAGUAAGAUGAAUGAGGACCGGAAGUUAAAGUGUUUUAAUAGGCACCAAACUUGGAUCAAGAUGAAGUAUGUCCAAAAACAUGUCACCAUUGUCUAUACAGGCAUACAUAAGAUAUAUAUAGUCUCAGAUUUUUGUAACUUUGCCUUCUAUGAUGUUGUUAAGUCUUGUAUUUCAAAUAUGUGGGCUGUCUGAAAUAAUCCUCUGGAUGGCUUUAUUAAGUCUCCCUCAGGUUGAAACUUGACUAUCAAGUCUGCAUUCUAAUCAGAAUGAUGAUGUCUUGAAACUCCAAA